AUGCCAAACAAAUCCGAAGACGUGAUCCCAGAAGACACCUCUCCACCGGAAGACGCCGUCGCUCCAGGACCGCCACCACCCCCGAUCACGGAGCUUGUCGAGGAGGAGCAGCCAGAUGAUCAAGAAGUCGUCGCUCAACAAUCCGUCAUCGCCCCCGCCGAUGCUCCAGACACCCCAGAAUCCGGAGCCCAACCGCCAAAAAAAGAAAAACCCGAAAUCGUGUUGCUCAUCGAGCGCCUCGUCGGCUACCGUCAGAAGAUGAUCGAAGACGCGAGAGAUGAGAGGGACAACUACUUGAAGUUGCACAUCCGCAGAUUGAGUCUCACGUAA